UCAUAGAUUAUACGCUAAUUUAAAACACUUUUGGUGAAAUUCGGUUAGGUACGCUUCAAAUUUAGAAUCAUAUUUAUUUAGUAAAUUAAAGAUAUUCCAUUUAAAGGCAAAUAAAGUAGUAAUUUUUUACGAAAAUGCAUGUUCGUAUCAGGAUGCUUGGGAAACCUGAUACAAUAGUUGUAGUGGAAUCGAAACUAACAAAAAUAGACCAUUUUAGAAAAAUUCUACGAGAUAAAUUCGACGUCCAACCAAAAUUACAGCGGUUGUUUUAUGGAGGAAAGUUGCUUGAAAAUGGCUACACAUUUCAUGAUUACAAUAUAAAAUUAAAUGAUGUCAUCCAACUUAUGGUCAAAAUAAACACAGAUAGUCCAAAAAAGAGCCUCACGAAGUCUACAGCUGAUGACAAAACUGACAGUGAUAAUAACAAAAAUCAUGAACAAGAAUCUUCUGAUGCUGUGUAUACAGAUGCAGUCAGCAAGCUCUAUGCUGUUGGAGACUUGGUCGACGUAAGGGACCCAGAACACGGCGCUUGGUUCGAGAGUAAAAUAAUUAGAAUAGUCCAUGAUCAGAAGGGAAAGAAAUCGGAACAUGAAAAAGAGAAGGGAUCUGACACUUCUAGUUCUUAUCAAAGUCAAAAUUAUGACUGCAAUGACUUAGAGAACAAACCACCCAUAGAAAUGAAUGGUGAUUGUAAACCAAAGAGUAAAGGUAUAGCUAAAUACUUCACAAAAAGUCCUAAAGGAAAGAAAAAAGACAAAGAUUCUAAGAGUGAGACCAGAAUAGUUGAUAACCUUCUUUAUAAAGUGCAACUUGAUAAUGACGAAGACGACUCAGAAUCUUACUGCAAAGAAAAAGACAUAAGGCCACGAGCACGAACCAUUAUUGACAUUAAGGAUUUGAAAGUUGGACAAACAGUGAUGGUGAAUUACAAUAUUGAGGAGCCAAUGGAAAAAGGUUAUUGGUUCGAUUUCAAAGUAAGUGAAAUAAGGAAACUACGCACCAGCUAUGAUUUAGUGGGAACUUUAUAUUUGGGUCCCGAAGCAGUACCUCAGAAUGACACCAAAAUAAGAUUGCAGGACAAAAUUUUUGCCAUAGAAGAAGUUGUACCACUGGAAAAGCGCAGUGAUGAAUACAAUAGAUUAAUGACUAUGAAUCCUGAAAAACGGUCUCAACCAUUAACUUGUUUGACUUGUCGUGAUGAUGAAGAAGCACUAUGUAAAGACUGCGGUUGCUAUGUCUGCCUAGGAAAAGAGUUUCCUGAAAAGAUAGUGCUCUGUGACGAGUGCAACUACGGCUAUCACAUGAGCUGUCUCAAACCUCCAUUAAAAGAUCUUCCCGACGAGGACUGGUAUUGCCCUUCUUGUAAAAGAGAUCCUCAGGAUGUAGUAGCGCCAGGAGCAGCCAAACAAACCAAGAAAAAAAAUGCUUCACAGAGUAAACGCGAUUGGGGCAGAGGAAUGGCAUGUGUUGGUAAGACGAAAACAUGCGCUAUGCCUGCCAACCAUUUUGGACCGAUCCCUGGCAUCGAAGUUGGUAUGUGUUGGCGGUUCAGGAUUCAGUUAUCCGAGUCUGGCGUGCAUCGGCCGCCCGUGUCAGGAAUCCACGGACGUGACGUAGAAGGCGCUUAUAGCAUUGUUUUAUCCGGUGGAUAUGAAGAUGACGUUGACAAUGGCAAUGAGUUCACGUACACGGGAAGCGGAGGUCGUGAUCUAUCCGGGAACAAGAGAACCGCCGAACAGUCGUGUGACCAGACCCUCACUAGAGAGAACAAGGCUUUGGCCAGGAACUGCGCUGUUAACCAAAUCAAAGAAGACGGUGCUGACGCAGGUGAGAAUUGGAAGAACGGGAAACCGGUCAGAGUUGUGAGAUCCUACAAAAUGAUGAAGCACUUUCCGAAGUACGCGCCCAGCGAGGGGAUCAGAUACGACGGUAUCUACAAAGUUGUAAAGUACUAUCCAGAGAAGGGUCUGUCUGGCUACAGAGUAUGGAAGUAUUUACUGCGUAGAGACGAUCCCAGUCCAGCGCCGUGGGAAGCUGGGGCUAAACAUUAUCCCAUUGUGUAUCCAGACGGUUAUUUGGAAGCCGAGGCGGAGAAGAAAGCUUUGAAGCAGAAACAAAAUACCAAAUCGAAAGGAAAAGUGACAAAGAAGAGGGCGCUGCGAGAGAGCAACCAGUCUGCCGAGUCGGAGUGUGAUAUCUCCCCUCCCGCGAAGAAACGGAAAACCGCAAGCGAGAACAAGAGAAAAGGAAAAUCAUCAAAAACGAAAUCGACGACAAGCCCAAAUGGUAGUAUUUUAGAAAUGUUCUCACCGAAAAGAAGGAAUUCUGCUAAUGGGAUGAAACAAGUUAAAAAAUCGGAAAGUGUACUUACCAGCGAGGAAAGGGACGCAAUUAAAGCUGACACGUUGAAUAGCAAGUUAUGGGGCGAAUGUUUGGCUGUGUGCGAUAGCUGGGGCAAAAAGGAAUUUGUUGAAUUUGUAUCAAUGCAGUUCCUCUGUAUUAUAUGUCAAGAGGUCGCAGCUAGUCCUGUAACGACACCUUGCCUACAUAACUUCUGUAUGGCGUGUUUAAAAUUGGCCUUCAAAACAACCGGAGCGAUUUGUCCGUGCUGCAGACAGAACUUAGCAAAAUAUGAACCGGAGCCUAACGAAGAGUUGAAAACCGCACUACGUAGCAUCAUGACCGGCUACGACGCUGGAAAGAAGUAAUUUUAAAAUAAUAGACUAUGUAAGAGCUAGUAAUUUCUAUGAUAAACAAAUAUUAGGUUCAAAUCCAUUAGUAAUUAGAGUUAAAUUUUCUUACCAGAUUUUACAAAAAAAAUGUAAAGUAAAAUGUUUAUGAUUGGCACUCCCUCGGACCGCAGUAGACAUUUUUUAAUAUAGCUGGUAUAAUAUAUGCUGCGGGAAAAAAAAUUCAUCACGUUGAGAUGCUGAAUAAAAAUGCACUGUAAAAUUCACAUGAACAGGUUUUUUGAAAACGGUUUUAAUUUAUGGUUAUAAAGUUAUAGAUUUUUACGAAUUCAAACAAUGUAUUCAUUUAUUUAUUAUUACCAGUUAAUUGUUAUCUAUAAUAAAGUGCACACAGCAGAAUCCUUUUGACAAUGAUGUUUUGUUAAAUUUGGAUUUUUUUUUGCUCAAUUUUCUAACUAUAAGUCUUGUUGGAUUUGAAAUAAUGAUGAACGAGUGAAAUAUUUAAUGAACUAUUUAAAUACCAGUAACUAUAGGAAUUUGCGGGUUUGAUUUUUACUACACAUACAUACAUUGUUAUUCCUUUCCAAUGGAAGUCGUCCGUGGUAACCACGCGAGAUCCGAGUACACCAGUUGGGUAGUAUGUCGUUUAUACCACAACGAUUUGCACAAUAAAGAGUAGUUAAAACCAAGUUCAAGAAAGUGUAAUAUUUAACACUUAUUGUGAUAGUGUGUAGUGUGACGUAUGAAAGAUUGACUUAAUGAACGGAUUUCUGAAUGAAUCUUUUAUUAGGACCAUACGAUCAUAUUAUGUUGAACCAGAUAAAUAAAUGUGACAUUAAUAUCGACAAUAACAUCGGUCAUUAUGGUUCUGAUAUUUAGAGAUAAUUAAUAAUGGAAUACUCAAUAAUAACACAAAAAAACAUUCGUUAACAUCACAAUAGCAAAUCUUGUGAUCUUUAAUUCAUAUCAGGUAAUUUCAAUUUCUGCGAUUUCUUAAGAAAUUAGUAAAAAAAGUAGACAUUAUAAAUGCCCUGAAUUUGUAAUAAAUAUAUUGUAUUAUAUAGAUAACGACUUAACUAUAGCAAAAUAUACAUUACAAUACAAAUAGAAAAGAAAAUAUCAUAGAAAUUACUAGCUCUUAAAUUGACUAAACAAAAACGUUAGCUUAAGUCCGGCCCAAAUAGCUAACUAUUUGGGCUAAUGGCUAAAUAUUUUAUCAUGUAAGUGUCGAGUAGCAUAGCUUGUAGUUUAAUUUUAUUAAUGUGAUUUUAAAUUUUUUUAAUGUGUCUUUUGUAUGACGAUUCCAUAGAAAAUUGUGAAACUUGAAAACUUAAUCGAAAUUGUUAGAAAGUAAAAUAUCAUCGAUACGGAUCAUAAGCGUUAAUCGUCAUGUAAGGGUAGAAAAUUUCUGCAAAUGCUCUACGGACUGGAACCACUGAAUUUAAGACAACACAUUCAAUACCGACAUCGCCAGUUCAGCAACAAAUUAAAAUAUAAUAUAAAUAAUAAUUUAAAGCCGGACCAUAGAAAAAGUCGAAGUCAAACAACUUACAUUAUAUGGUAAAAAGGACAAAAUCGUAACAUAGUUUUGUACCGAAUUAUCUUUGGAAUUACGCAAACCAUGUUAUAUAAAUAGAUUUUCGGCUGGCCCGGAACAAAGUCGUGUCGUGAAUAUGCAUUCUCGUUUCACAAGAAUAGUUAAUUUUUAUAUACCUGAAUUUAAUUUGUUAGAAUAUAAUAUGUAUUAAAAAGUUUGCUUGACAUUCAACGUGUCUAUUUUAUAAAUGGGACAAUUUUAGUUAAGUUUUGGAGUUUUAAACUUUUUUAUCGUUUAUCGUUAACAAUAAGAAAACUACUACCUCAUUUCUUAAAUGUUUUAAUCAUGAAUUUUGUACUAACAAAUUUUUUAUUUUAAAUUCUAUAAUAAUUUACAUUAAUAACGCAGUUACUAAUUAUGUCUUAAUAUUUUAAUAAAUGCACGUAUGUACAAAGUUGACGCAUUAAUUUUAAUAAAUUUAAAAUCGAUAAUAUUUUUAGUGGUGGUGAGACGGAUAGUACGAGUCCGCACGCGCAGAUACCGUUAAUCUGCACGUGCUUAACUUUGCUCAAUGUGCAUCAAUGCUUAACUUGAACGUGUAACAGCUAUAUUCCGGUUUGGAGGGUGGGGUAGCCGUUAUACAGGUAUAAUUCAGACGUCGACCUCAUUGGCAGCGGAAUAGUGAAGAGCUCUGCUUAAAUACCAAACAGGCGUGAUGUAGUACAACAGAUCGAUAAACAUAUAGGGUGUAAGAAAAUUCUUGUUUAUUUGUUACGGUUUCACGUAGUCGCAUGUGACUUGUAGUUACGUAGAAAUAAGUUAUAAACCCGGUUAGAAAGCACGAGGUCAAUUGUUUAAUAAGAUAUUUUAAGUUUUUAGUUCUAGCCUAAGUAUUUUAAGAGCACUUUUGAGGCGUCUUGUUAAAUGUGUGAAGUUAUCGACCCAAAGUUUUUUUAGCAGUACACUAAGGGAUUAACAUUAUUUGUAUGUUCAAAGCAACCCGAAGUUGUUGGCCGGAUUACGUUUGUAUUAUGAUAGUAAUCGCUACAAUACCAUUUUAAAUUCGCGAGCGUUUCUUUUACACGUAGUUUAUGAUUUUAACUUAGCAUCACUAGACGUAUUUCAAUAAUUAUACUACUUAUAUAUACUUACUACUACUAUAUAUUAUAUAUACUAUAUAUUUAUGUAUGUAUAUGAUGCCGCCGCAACGCGACCUCUACGUCAAAUAUGCGAUGGUAAUUUACCAUUCUUACUUAUACUCGUGACUCCAAAGAUGACAAAUUUCGAUAAAUUUUAUUCUCUAUUAAAAUGUAAAAUAUGGACAAUAGAAAUUUUAAAUUUAAGUUUUAGCAGUAAAUUUGUUUUUCAGCUUCGACAAUUAAUGAACAUAUUGAUGAAAUAUGUCGUUGUUGUUUACUUUGAUAAUGAAGGAAAUAGUUUUAGACUCAAAAUCUAAUUACUAAAUGGAUCUACAUGCCAAAAAAAACGAAUCUACUAUUAUUAUUUAUGAGCAUGAUAGCCAACUGAUGGUUGAAUCUUUUCGAACAGUUUUCUAUUUUGGUCAAACUGCAACCUUUUUUUUAACAUUGGGGAAUCCGUAUACGGAUACCCGGUCGAGAAAAAUAAAAUAAAACUGCAACCUGCAAAAACUGAAAUAAAAUGGAAAAAUAUAUAUACGAACAUGGUGUCGCGGGUAAGUUCUGUCCCAUCCGAGGGUCGCACGCGGGUUGUUGAGGGUAGGUUCUAUUUAGGUUCAACUCUGACUGGCCCCACCUUCCGCCAUUAUAUUAACGUAGUAGUAGUAUAAAGUAGUAGUAUAUUAACAAUAAUACUAACAAUCGUGUGUUCAAUUAAAUUAUGUUUAAGCAAAUAAAUUGGUUGUGUAAUGUUUAAAUCAAUUUUAACUUUAUUAAUAUUUCACCAAUCCUCAUGUAAGCAUAAUGUGUGCGGAGAACUUAAAUUUAGUAUCGAGUAUAUAUCAACACAAAAGUCUACUAAAAAGUAUUUCAAUUAUAUAAAAAAGCAAAAAAAAAACAUUUUAAUAAUAUGAAUAUAAAAACAGGAACGCUACCUCGCGCUGUCUUACAAAAAUAUUAACGGUUUCUCCCGGUUAUUGAAUUGUGGAUUAUUUAUUUAAAGAGAAUUUGUGGUUAUAAAAUUUUUUUACGAGCGGUUACUUAAUGUCUUGUGUUCACGGUAUUUUAUAAUUAUUUUUAACUAAUGAUAUGGUGUAUAAUGUAACAUUGUCUUAAGCAUCACUUUUCUUUUAAUGAAAUACGCCAUAUUUGUUUUGGGCCUAAUAAUGAAUAUUAUUAGUUCCGAAUUUGGCGUUGGAUCACAUAAAAGCAUUUUUACGUAAAUUGUAAACCUAUUGAAAUUUAUUGAAUUGAAUUUGUUUUAAAUUUUUAAUAGCAUGCUCUGAAAUAAAAUUUAUUUAAUUUCUUUUAAAUUUGUUUUUAAUACUUAUAUUCUGACGAGGUAUGACUUUCUCAGCAUACUAUUAUAGUUUUAAAAUUAAUUUCGUAAACUAUUCUUAAGUUUUAGGAAGUAUGAAGUAUGAUUUGGAAAGAAAAUUUCAACGAAAAGUUAGUAUGUACUGUAUAAUAACUUUUUUCUCGUGUCUUAAUGGAUUUAAUGAAAUUAUUGAAAAGUUUACCAGCACUUGCAAUGUCUUAAAUGGGACCAAAAUUUUAACAAUGUCAUCGCUACUGUGUUUUUAAAUUUAAGCACUGGCAGCAAAUGUUCAAUAAAUUAGAAUCUAUCAUGAAUAUAACUUGGCAUCCCAUUUGGGGCUCGGGUGAGUUGCCAAAUAAAUACUGAUGAUUUUUAAUUACAUUCCGUUUUUAAUUUCCGCUGUAGUAGUUAAUUUAACAGUUUUUUUUAUGUUUAUUGUGUUUUAGAAAUAAUUUUAGACGUUUUUUUUUAUCUUAAUAUGUAGUGGGUUAAAAAGUUUUCCAGCGAUCUCAUCGCCUGUACGUCGAGUUAAUAAUUUAAAUUUUUGUUUGUGUUUAUUUUAACACUAAUGCAAUUAAUUAAAUAAAAAGAAUACACGAGAAAAUGCAGCGCGUGAUUUUUAUUUUAUCACUGGACACCCCCACAUGCACUAAUGAGUCGUUUACUUUCAAAAAACCGUUAUUUUAAUCCAAAUGAAUUUUGAACUUUAUGUAAUAACACAUUGCGCUUUAUAUUGAGUCAAAUGUACUUAAUAUUAUGAUUUCGUAUAGAUUUUACUGCAUGCAUACUGAUGUUGUGUGAAUGACAGUUUUUAAUGUUUGUAUUUAAAUUAUAUGUAUUGUUUUAUUCAAUAAAAUUUUGUAAAAGGCG